AUGUUGAGCUAUUUGUACUGUAUUCUCUCGCUUGUUAUCCUUACUGGAUCUUGUCCAUGCCAUAGGCGAGCAACGACCACAGAGCAGCCCUGCAUUGAAGGACCCCAAUGUCCAGAAGGAUACGUUCAGUACAAUAGUACGAAUAACGAAACUCUUCCAAUUUGUUUCAAGAUAAUAUGGGAAAAUUUGGCAAGGUGGGAUGAUGGUCGAAGCCUUUGUCAGAAUAGCACUCCAGGAGCCGAUAUCGGAUUUGUGAAUACACAAGACCAACGUGACCAACUCUAUAAUGCCGUUGUCGAAAAAUUGGGCGAUAAGGAUGGUGUUCUCCCAAUUUGGAUUGGUGCCAAAAAAACUGAAAAUUGCACGGCUGUGAUUAUGAAAAAGGCGAAAUCGGAUGAUCCAUGUUUUAUGUCAAAGGCUCUUGAAUGGGUUGGCGAUUUGGCGCCUUCAAACGCCACCGAAUUUUUCGACACCUAUGAAGUCCAUUUAGGACCACUUAAUAAACGUGGAGAUGGAUGUGGUCGAUUCUUGACAAACACCGCUGAGCUUACUGAUUUGGACGAAGAUACGGUCAUCGAUAUCGUUCCAUGCAACAAUCCGAAAAUCAAUGAGAACAACGAAUUCGAUGGACAAGCGGGAGUAUUGUGUACCGUCGAGGCAAAGUAG